GGACGUACCUCGCGGGCCAGUGCGUUCCGAGAUUUCGAGGUGAGAGGACAUCGAGCAGUCUUUAUCCGAGAACCCCUUGGCCACCGUUUUACCACCGUUCGCCAACGUUCGCCAUCGUUUUUUUUUUUUUACCAAAAGUUCGCGCGCUCGAUCCAUCGAGAGACGGUGUGGGCUUCGUCGUUCGAAUCUCGUCCUUCUUCUAUUUUUUGUCUCUCUCUCGCCGAGGCCCUCGACUCGCUCGUUGGAAGCAGCGUAUCGUCGCGCGUUUGAUCGCGAUUCGUCGCUCGAGGCACCCCGGGAUUCGUCGCCUGAACGCCGCGCACCAAGAGCCCUCGGCAUGGCUUCGACGAUCAAGCUGCUGUUUGUCGCUUGCACUCUCCUCCUCGUCUGCAUGGCGACGGCAGAUUCGGACGAAGGGCAGACCGGAAGAUCGCGGGUCUCCGACGAGCAGCUCAACAUGGCACUCAGCGACCAGCGGUAUCUCAGGAGACAGCUGAAAUGCGCCCUGGGAGAGGCGCCCUGCGACCCCGUCGGCAGACGGCUGAAAAGCUUGGCGCCGUUGGUCCUGAGAGGCGCCUGCCCGCAGUGUAGCCCCGAGGAGACGCGACAGAUCAAGAAGGUGCUGUCGCACAUCCAGCGGACCUACCCGAAGGAAUGGUCCAAGAUAGUGCAACAGUACGUCGGAGUCUCCUAACGCAGCCGCUGCUGCCUGACGAGGACCGAGGGGGAGGGCGACGGAUGGAUAUCCUUCUUAUCCGGCAUCGACGAUAUAGCCUAAUUGUUACGAGCGUACCAAAGCUUUCCCGGUGUUUUACCAUAGCCGGUGGAACCCCCGGCUAUGACACCCGUUGGCGGAUUCCCGGCUGAAUUCAAUUCAAUGCUCCCUUGUGUAUUCGAUAGGGUCUCGAUUAUCUUCUAGUUCGAUCGGCGGACGCGUUGGUUCCGAUUGAACCGCGGUGACGCGAUUCCGCCGAUUCGAAGAAGAGUCGAGCCGAAUUCUCGCGUGCUCUCUAAUCCGUGGGUGAAUCCGCCAUCGGCGACACCGACGCCGGACGCUCGAGCUCGGUGUUCUGUUAACCGUAAACAUAGUAUUUCACACACGUUGCUUCGCAGACCACAAUGAUGUUAUAUUUACAAUAAAGUAUGUUUUCCUAUAGACAGAA